AAGCCAAAUAGGGACAAAUCUAUGGUUAACAAACAUGGAAUCAGGAGAUUUGAAACUAAAACAAGAUUUUGAAGAUCUUCAGCUUCAGCAAAGACAGAAAAUGAUUGACAGGAUGAAGUCUAAGAGCCAACAAAGCAAUACAAGCAUGAUGUCGAACAGUCAAUCAUUUGGUCUUGGUGAUGAUUUAAAUCUUACGACUGAAGACGUUUCAUCGAGUAAUAUUGCUGGAUUACACACUGCGUUGGAAGAUGCCAAUACCAGGAUGAGAGAAGAAAUAAGGGAAUUAAAAGAUGAGACUGGUAGACUGAGAAAAAACUUAGCUGAGAAAGAUUAUGAUAUAAAAUCUUUGAAUAAAAAAAUCCUGAAGAUGGAAGAUGACAAAAAAUUGUUAGCAAGUGCUGGUGCUGUAUCAGACACGGCUGCAAUGAAAAUUGUUGAUUUAUCGAAACGAAAUCGUGAAUUGACAGCAGAAAGAGAAGCAGAAAAGACUAAAUCACUCAAACUCAUGAAACAGUUGGCAGAACUUGAAAAGUCGACCAACACAACAAGUUCAAGUACUCCAAGAAAGAAAUUGAGUCCUCGUAAUACACUUGCUAUCAAUCCAGAAGUUCCAUCAGAUAAUGUGGAAGAGUUAAAUGACAAAUUACAAUCGUGUUAUAUAAAGAUGGCAGAAUACAGAAAUCAGAUACAAGAACUAAAACAGGAACUGAAGAUUGCCAACAAAGUUUUGCAACAAGAGAUUGGAGAACCACCAGCGACUAUGCAACUUAUAUUAAGCAGUGGAGGAUCAGGAUUCAGAGGAAGAACUCAACAAAUAAUGACAUUGCAAGAUAAAGUGAAGGAUUUAGAACAAAAACUGAUGACUGCUACAGGACGAGUCAAUUUAACCAGACCUGACAAGAAUCAAGAAAGAAUUAAAAACAUGGAGAAACAAAGAAAAGAACAAACUGAAGAACUUCGUAACGAAAUCAUGAAGGCAAAUGAUAUCAACAUGGAUUUACAAAGAAAAAUUGAUGCAACUAGAGCUCGAAAUAAAGUUUUAGUGAAUGAGGUUAAAUCACUAAAAGCACAGAUUUCUGUCCUGACAGAUAAAGGCACACAUGAUAAUGAGUUGAUUAUGACUCUGAUGAAGCAACAUGAAAAUCUACAAAAAAUUGUCGAACAUAAUGUCAGUGCUAAAGACAAUAUACAGAAAGCUGGCAUUGUGUUUAGUAAAGAAGUUAUCAGCCGACAACAACAAGAACAGGCAGAAAUAGGAAGAUUACGACAAUUGUUAUCAGAACGUGACGCAAGAUUGAGACAUCUAGAACAAAAUAUUCAAGAGUUGAUGAAUGGUAGAUCAUCAAGAGAACCAAACUCAUCUCCAUCAUAUCAGCAUCAACCAUUAGCUGUGUUUUCAUCACCUUCUACAAAUAGUAUUUCUGAUCAGCAAAACAGAUCUCCAGAUAGACAUCCACUUACUACACCAUCAACAGAUAAUUCGUCACCAGACAAAAUGAUUGUGGAUAACAGCGCCUAUUUGCAAGAAAUUGAUCAUUUACGAGUUGAAUUAACGAAAUAUCAAGCAUUGCACAAAGCAGCAUCCAUUGAAUGUGAAAAGCUGACCGAAAUUGUCAAAGUUCUUACCCAAAGAUCUGAGCAAUCUUCAAUCUCAUGUCAGGAUUUGAACCGGACUAUAAAUGAUGAGAAAAGAAAAACUGCAAAGUUGGAACAUUCUUUGGAUCAUUUAAAAGCUUCAAUAAAACAAGAAUCACCAAUUAAAGAGUCAUCAUUGUCCGGAAUUCCUCCAGAAUCAAAAAUAUCAGAGUUAGAAACUCUUCUGUCUAUUCAGACCGAUGAAAAUACAGCGUUGAAAGAAUCAUUGCAAAGUACAUUACGAGCUAAGCAAGAAGAUGUUGCAAUGUUCCAUGAUUUGAUGGAACAAACUAAAACUGUAUUCAUGGAUGCACUUAGAAGCUUAUCUUCAAAAACUCAAUGAAACAAGCUCGUCUACUUUGUUAAUAUUAUCAUGCUGGCUGUUUCCUAUUUGGUUAAAUUUUUCGCACCUUGAUUUGGCGACCAAACAGUAUUAGGGGGAAAUCUAGAAUAGAGGUAAGAUCGGCCCCAAAAUUUCAGCCUGGCCUAACCCAGGCCCGUGGGUAUUAAACCCGACCCAGCCCGACUAAUUAAGAGGAUUUGCAGGCCCGAGCCCGAAGCAAGCCCGAAAUUUCAUAUUUUGUUUAGGAGUUCUUUGAAUUGUCAUUGCAAGUGUUUAGUACAAUGUGUGUUUUAUAACAAGUAUUCCAUAGUUUAGUAUCCACACAUAGUUCUAGUAUAUAUUUUUUAUAAACAUAUAUUUAUUUAAAGAAAAUCAGCGUUAGAGAAGCCCGAUCCGACCCGAACGUAAUGAUUGACAUUUCAGACCCGAAAAUUCGGGCUCGGGCUUCAGAUCUUAGCUCUAGUCUAGAACAAAGCUCCCUUCUCUCUUUUCCCCGGAAUAAAUCUGAAAAUACUGACUUAUGGGCAGUAUUCUUAGAAAAGUUGAUGAAGUUUCUUGCCAAAUUUUGAUGUAGUGGUAGAUAUUUUGUAAUAUAACCUCACAUUUAUGGGAAUGUUUAUGAACUAGUUUAUACCAAGUUUAAGUGGGAUCAUAUCGGGGAAAUAUGUAUAACAUACAUACAUAUUAUUGCACAGUAUGGGUUUUCUCAUAAAGUAUAACGUUGGAGUGAAAAUCAGACAAAAUUGUCCAAGGGGUAACACAGAGGAAAUAGCCAGUAACGCUUCCAUCUUCAAUUUUGUAAAAAGGUUGUUUUAGAAUGAAAGAAAAACAAACAUUUUAGGUCCAAUGAAAAUCUUUUCGAAGUGAUUCGUUAUAUAUCCAUACCCUGCUCGAUAAGUUUCCCUACAAUAAUUUCAUACUGUUUUAUAGUAUUAAAAAGAUAGGACACUUGGGUGAUCAAUAUCACAUUUAUUUCACCAACUACAGAAUUGCAAUUUUUGACACGCAUUAUUGUAUCUAGCCCAUCCCGUUAUUUAUAUCUCUCAUACUAUCGUUUCGUUUAUUUUUUAGUGCGAACACUCGUAGUUAUUUUUGUAAUAUGGCAUCUGUUAUCCUUUUUAUCUGUAUAUUCUCUGCGUUAUCUUGUGAUGUGCUUAUUACUGGUACUAUCUGUAUUUUUUAUAUCCUUUUCUUCACUGUAGUUAGUAGAAUUUAUCUUUUCUUCGUUCACUGUAUGUUCAUGGAUUCAAUGUUUAUGAAUAAAUAUAUUUUGUAGUAAAA